AUGACUAUAGCAAAUCACAAGGUAUACCGCAUCCUGGUCAACACCGGAAGCUCGGCCGAUGUGAUCUAUUCCCAAGCUUUCGAAAGAAUGAGGCUUCCUCGGUCACGCCUCCGACCAUUGAAGACCGCCCUACAUGGCUUUGUCGAAGAGAAAGUGAUCUCCGAAGGAGCCAUUUUCCUCCCAGUAACUGCAGGAGAAGGGCAACACCAAGUCACCCUUAUGGUGGACUUUCUUGUUGUCAACGUACCAUCAGUGCACAACGUCAUCCUGGGCAGACCCUUCCUCAAUGCAAUGAGAGUGGUCGUCUCAACAUAUCACUUGAUGAUGAAAUUCCCAGCUGAGGGAGGAAUAUGCUACCUCCGAGGCGACCAACGCGAGGCUUGGAGAUGUUACGCUAUAGCAGUCAGAAAAGGAUCCAUCAAGCAAGCGCUUGCAAUUAAUGUCUUGGAUCCCCGAGGACCCACCAAGGACUCGUCUGCAGAAGACCUGGAGAAGGUGCCCCUUGAAGAAACAGAUCCAAGUAAAACCAUUCAGCUCGGAACGUCACUAAGUCCCAAGCAACGGACUAAAAUGCUGACUUUUUUAAGACAACACAGGGACGUCUUCGAGUGGUUGCAUGCAGAUAUGCCAGGGAUCUCCCCUAAGGUUUUGGUCCAUAGGCUGAAUGUGGAGCCGGAUCACAAACUGGUAAAGCAAAAGAGAAGAUCAUUCGACGUCGAGCGCUAUGAAGCCAUUGCCGAGGAGGUCUCCAUCCUACUUGAUGCCGGUUUUAUAGAGAAAGUAUAUUACCCCGACUGGAUUGUAAAUAUAGUGCUUGUCAGAAAAUUCAAUGGGAAGUGGCGGGUCUGUGUAGACUACUCAAACGUGAGCAAGGCAUGUCCUAAGGAUAGCUUCCCAUUACCUCAGAUUGAUCAACUGGUGGACAGUACAGCCGGUCAUGAGUUGCUCUCCUUCCUGGGCGCCUAUUCCGGGUACAACCAAAUUACGAUGCACCCCCCAGACAGGCAGAAGACUACCUUCAUCACGGACAAGGGACUCUACUAUUAUCGAGCCAUGCCAUUUGGCCUUAAGAACACUGGGGCGACAUAUCAGAGGUUGGUAAAUCAAAUGUUCGCUAGAUAG